CAAAUUUGCAAAACUUCUGUUUUGUUUGUGUAUUUUGAUUGAGUUGUUGCAGCAGAUGCGGAUGUUGCUCUGGCCGAGUUUGGAGAUCUUCAGCCGCCUUUUCCCUGCUGGCAUGGCCUGCUGCACCACAUUCUCACCCCACAAAAUGUCAUCAGCUCUCCGCUUCUUCUCAUUCAGGCUGUUGAGCUCUUCAACUUUUGACAGGAUGGGCGCUGAUCUCAAGUUUAAAGUGACAAGGCAGGAAGCAGUCCUAGUGGCUCCUUGUUUGCCCACCCCUAAAGAACACCUGUAUCUUUCCAACAUUGAUGAUCAAGCGGGGUUGAGAUUUCACAUUCCUGUGGCCUUCUUUUAUAAGCAUAGCUAUCUGAAAGAGGACCAAGAUCCUGCCAAAAUCAUAAGAAAAGCACUGGAAAAGGUUCUGGUGCAUUACUAUCCUCUUGCUGGAAGGUUGAGAGAGGCGGCCUCUGGGAAGCUUAAGGUGGAGUGUACUGGAGAAGGUGUUUUGUUUGUUGAAGCAGAUGCAGAUGUUACUCUCGCUGAGUUUGGAGAUCUUCACCCGCCCUUUCCCUGCUGGGAUGACCUCCUACACGAUAUUCUCACCCCACAAACUCUGAUCAACUCUCCACUUCUUCUCAUUCAGGUGACCCGACUCAAAUGUAAAGGUUUUAUAUUUGCUAUAGUAAUGAAUCACAUCAUUAUGGAUGGGAUGGGACUAGCUCAAUUCCUGACAGCUCUAGGAGAAAUAGCCAUGGGAGCAAGUGGCAUGUCAAUUCUACCGGUAUGGAAAAGGGAAACCCUCAAGCCUCGCUUGAAACCCUCAAUAAGCUUACCUCUCUAUGAAUAUGAAGAAGAUGAAGGAAAAAUCAUGUCUGUAGAUGUAGAUAAAUUGAGCCACGCUUCCUACUUCUUUGGGCCAAAGGAAAUCGAGACCCUAAAAAGAAGAGCAUGCAUGAAAAGCUCAACUUUUGAAGCAUUAUCAGGGUUCCUAUGGCGUUUGAGAACCAAAGCGCUCAACAUGGCGGUAGAGCAAGAGGUGCGGUUCAUGUUCCCACUAGAAAUUCGCUCUACAUUUGAGCCACCGCUUCCACGUGGCUACUAUGGCAACGCAAUAGUCUUUGCUUGCGCCAAGACCACAGCUGGAAUGUUGUUAAACAAUUCCUUGUCAUAUGCAGUAGAGUUAAUUAUCAAAGCCAAAACCGUUGUUAAUAAUGAAUACAUAUGUUCGGUGAUAGACUUGAUGGAGAUCAAAGGGCAUUCACAUUUUACUGUGGUGGGGAGCUUUAUGGUUUCUGAUAUUACCAAGAUUCAAUUUAGAGAUGUGGAUUUUGGAUGGGGGAAAGCAAUCUAUGGUGGACCUACCACGGGUGGGGCGGGAGUUGUGCCAGGUGUUCUCACCUUUUUCAUUCCUUAUCGUAACAGCAAUGGAGUUGAAGGAAAGUUGGUUCCUAUUUGUUUACCAUCUCAUGCCAUGCAAAAGUUUCAGCUAGAAUUGGCACAGGCCAUGGAGAAUGAAGCUCACCCUUUUAUAUCAUCAUCCAUAUGAAAAGCUAUAGUCAGUAUAUUUUAGUUCAACCUGUCUGAUACAUAGAAAAAUGUAUUUCUAUAUAAAUUACAGCUAUAAAAACGUGUAUGUAAGUUUCUAUAUCUAAGUCAUCAUUGAGAGUAUUCAAUAUGGUACAAAUAUGUACUUGUAUUAUUGUGAGAGCUUUAAAGCGAGGAUAUGUACGACGUAGAAGGGUCAGUAGUGAGGGUGUUUACGGGUUGUGUAGCAAUUUUAAUUAUGUAUAUUAGUAUUAAUAAUAAUAUUUUAGUAUAUAAGACAUAUAGUAAAGAUGUCUUUAAGGUCAAUUAUAUGAUAUGGAAUGCUUAAUAAAAAAAUUUACGCAUGGUUGUUAUCUUAUUA